AUGAUUCCCCUGGAAUCUUCGUUCAACAUUGGAACUCAUUGUACUAGCUUAGGGGAUGCUAAGGGCCAAAACAGGCUGUCUAGACCUGAACGGAGUGGGGAGCGCUCGGCCUUUCGCCGCAAACUAGAGCGCGCGUGCUCCGCGCUGCUUCCCUGGCUGAAGCAUCGGGGCGGGGAGUGGCGAGCCUGCCGUUGCCCCCCCUUCCCCCCCGCAGCCGUCUUUCCCGGAGCGCUCUUGGGAAGGGUCACGGCUGAAAGGGACCGCUCUGCGCCUGGAGCGGCGGCGCCCGUCGCCCCGGGGCGCAUAUCCAGCGCGGCCCCCAAACGCCGACGCGCCCCCCUCUCCUUGCCAAGCGGCGCGCCUGCCUUGAUGCCCGGCUGCGGGGCUGCGCCUCCUGCCGGCGGAGUCCCGACGCCGCCUGUGUCCGAGCCUGCCAAGCCGGAGAAGGCGGCGGCCGCAGCGAGCGGCCGGGAGCUCGAGGUGCGCGGCGCUGCCUCGGCGGCGGUGCGCGGCGCGCUGGAGCUGGCGGAAGCCCGGCGGCGGCUGCUGGAGGCGGAGGGGCGGCGGCGCCUCGUCUCGGAGCUGGAGAGCCGCGUCCAGCACCUCCACCGCGUCUUCCUCGCGGCCGAGCUGCGCAUGGCCGGCCGCGCCGAGAGUCUGGGGCGCCUGGGCAGCGGCGUGGGGCAGGCCGAGCUGCACCUGGCGGCGCACGGGCAGCGCCUGAAGAAGAGCGCGCGGCGCUACAAGAAGGCCCGCCCACCCGCCCUGCUGGCCUCGGCGCUGGCCCUGGGCAGCUGCGUGCCCUGGGCGGCCUGCCGGGUGCGGCGAGGGGGCGGCCCGGAGCCGCCGGAGUCCCCGUUCCGGAGGAGUCUCCAGGGCGCGGCAGCUUCGACCCCCCGGGAGCGGCGCAAGAUGGAGCCCCUGUCGAGCGCCGGGGAGCGGAAGGGCGGCGGCGCUGCUCCGUGACCGUCCCGAAGGGCUGCAGCCGGCAGGAAGGGACCGAAGAGCUGGGACGACAGCGGGGUCGCCGCCGAAUCCCCGAGCGGGAGGCAGUCUGGCUGGCUGGCAGCGGCGACUGUGCGGCGGCGGCGGCGGUUCUUACUCCCUUCGAUGCCUGUGACUCGCCGCAGAAACCGACGGCGGCUCCCCUGCGCAUCUCCGGCUUCUCACGCGGGCUGGGUUUGCUCAGCCUGUUACCCUUGCUAAACUCGGGUUUGAUAGGUGGGGGUUCAGCCAGGGAUGGGAACUCAGCCAUAGCUUUGGCUUAUGCUGUGCAUCAAGCCAUCAUAUUAAGCUAGCAUCUAGUUGCUUGGGCAUGGCAUGUUGUAUGAAUACUGCAACUGCAUUUGGGUCACUCAGGGUUAAGUGUUGUGUGAACUCAGCGGUCGGAGUACAACUCUUGAUGGGGUUGGAGAUGUGUUUUAUUUAUUGUUUUUAAUAUCAGCACAGUAGAUAACCUAGUGUGCUAUCUGAAAUAGAACAGGGACUUGUCAAUAAUUUUUAUAUCAUCUAUAAAUUAUGAAAUUAAUAAUCA